AUGGCUCCGGUAGACAACUCUCCAACGAGCAACAUGGGCGGUUUCGAGCUGGUUUGUUCCUCAAAAGCGAACGAUACCAUCCCGGUUCACAAAUACAAGUCCACUAAAACCGGGAUUACAGUAUGUAUUGGCGAGGUCGACGGCCCUAUCGUCGGAGGGAACUUCUGUCUGGCGACUCAGGCUUUUGAUGAUGAUGGGCUGCCGCAUACCCUCGAGCACUUGAUUUUUUUGGGCAGCGAGGACUAUCCUUACAAAGGAGUCCUGGACCUUCUGGGAAACAGAUGUCUCGCUUCUGGGACCAAUGCUUGGACUGAUCGAGAUCAUACUAAUUACACGAUGACUACUGUCGGCAGCGAGGGAUUUCUUACUCUGAUGCCUAUCUAUCUGGAUCACAUUCUUUUUCCUAAUCUAACAGACUCAGCAUACCUCACAGAAGUCCACUAUAUAUCAGGCGAAGGCGAAGACCGCGGAGUAGUCUACUGCGAGAUGCAAAGUACCGAGAACACUGGAAAAACUCUAUCAAACACAGAACUAACCCGCGCAAUGUACCCCGGAAAAUGCGGAUACAAGUCAGUAACCGGGGGAAUAAUGCAGAACCUCAGAGAGAGUACAAACAACGAAAAGGUCAAAGAAUUUCACCGUCAAUUCUACCGACCCGAGAACCUGACAAUAAUAAUCACCGGGCAGAUCCAGCACGCAGAAGUUUUCAAAGCUUUGCGUCCGUUGGAGGAAAAAAUCCUCUCUAAAGGCAGUCGCGGUCCAUUCGAGCGCCCUUGGCAUGAGCCAAUCCCCCCAUUCACCGAGAGUGUCGUCAACGACAUUCUUUAUCCGUGCGACGACGAAGACAACGGAAUAGUCAGCGUAGGCUGGCGCGGGCCUUCAGGAAUAACCGAGGUCUACGAGUUAACAGCUUGCUCUCUUUUGCUGAAGUAUCUCACGGACAAUUCGGUGAGUCCAAUCCAGAAAGAGUUUGUAGAAAUUGAUGAUCCCUACUGUUGCAACGUCGACUAUUACCUGACGGAAAACUCCGAGUCGAUGCUCCAGUUGUCCUUCAGCGGAGUUCCUAUUCCCAAAAUUCCGCUGGUGAAGAACCACCUGACCAAAGUUCUAGGGGACAUUCUCCAGAGCAAUGAAGUCGACGGAGGGAUAGACAUGCCAAGAAUGGCCACGGUUAUCCAUCGUCACCAGCUGGAGACUCUCAGCAGCCUGGAGAACAUGCCUCAUGAUGCAAUCACCUACAUGCUGAUCGGCGACGCGCUCUAUGGCCGUGAUGUCAGCGACUUGGAGCAGAGAUUGAAUACUAUCGAGGAUUUGAAGAAGCUGGGCAAAGAACCUGCGAGUUUCUGGAUUAAUUUGCUGAAGAAAUAUCUUAUCGACGCUCCCUCGGCGGUGAUUAAUGCUACGCCGAGUAUUGACAAGCAGAAGGAGAUGGACGAGCAGGAGAAGAAGCGCAUUGCAGAAAGAAUUAAACAACUGGGCAAAGAAGGGCUUGAAGAAAAAGAAAAAGCGUACUUGGAAGCUGUCAAGCAGAAUGAUGCUCCCAUUCCUGAUGAAGUUCUGAGCAGCGUCCCGGUUCCUGGAACUGACUCGAUUAACUUCCAUCACAUCCGGAGCUACACCACUGGAGGCGGUGAUCAGCACCCGAGACUUGAUGUUAACAAGUUGUCGCUGUUUACCUACUUGGAUCACGUCAAUACUAACUUUGCUUACUUGUUCGUGGUGAUGGACACUCUCAAGGUACCCAAGGAAGCCAGACCUUACAUGCCACUGAUCUUAGAAGCCAUUGGAGAGUGUCCUAUUAAUAGAGAAGGAGAGCUAGUGCCGUAUGAAGACGUCGUUGCGGAAUUAGAAGCUGAUACCAUUGCUGUUAGCUUGAGGAUGGGCUUUGAAAGCCCUUCAAGGUUUACUUGUGGUGCUUACAGUCACAGUGUUAAUUUAAUGCUGCAGCUUGAAUUGUCAAAAUAUCCUAAAGGCGUUCAAUGGAUCAAAGAAUUACUUUACGACACUAAAUUCACACCUGAGAGAUUGAAAAUAAUUUCUUCAAAGCUGCUGAAUGAACUAACCCAGUGUAAAAAAGCAGGGAAUAAAAUCACUGGAGAUUUGAUGCGAGGAUUGAUAUACAGCAAAGAGAGCAAUCACUUCAAUUCGAGCUUACUGCGCCAGCAACAAUUCCUGACAAAACUGGCCACUAGGUUGGGAACGCCAGAAGGCCAAGCAGAAGUUGUCGCUGAAGUAGAAGCUGUCAUGAAGAUCCUGACUGCUAAAGACCACAUGAUUUUGUAUAUGGCGACUAAUGUCGAUAAAUUGAGCGCCCAAGUAACUGAAUUAGAAGAAAUACCCUUGGAAGGUUGUGUUUUAGGACUUGGAUGUGUAGAGUCUGCCUAUUUAUCACAAACUGGACCUUGUCUUAAUGACUUUGAGAGUCCCGACUUAGCUCCUUUGCUUGUUUGUCUUCAGUAUUUAACGCAAGUUGAGGGACCAAUGUGGAGACAAGUUAGAGGCCAAGGUUUUGCAUACGGUUGCAAUUUAUACGCAAAACCAAACGAAGGUUUGCUCUACCUGACAUUCUAUGCAUCCACGGAUGUAAUUGGAGCGUACAAGGAAACUAAAGCCAUCGUCAGCAGCCUCAUUACCGAGAAUUCAUGGGAGCGAUUGCUCUACGACUCGGCCAAGUCAUCUCUGAUCUUCGAAAUCGUCGAGAGAGAGAAGAGCGUCGGAGACGCCGUAUCCCAGUCUCUAUUAUCAUACUUUAAAAACGUCUUCCACGACUACAACCGUUCGAUGGUCCAAAAGAUUUACACCGUCAGCAUUAAAGACUUGAACCGCGUGGCUAAUAAAUACAUCAAGCCGCUUUUUGAUCCCAAACAAUGCAAAACUACCAUUGUUUGCACUCCUUCCAAGGUCGCUGAAAUUGCUAAUGCUUUCAAAGGCUUCAGUCAAAAUUUGAAAGUCUUUAAUACUCUGGAAAGUAGUUACCUCAACGAGUGGUGA